GGGGUGGGGGUGCGGGGCAUUUGCAUAUUUCAGGGCAGUUGCUUUCCUACCGGGAGGGGCCCCUGGCUGAUGUUCAGCUCUGGGCACUUCCUCCUCCUGCACAGAGGUUCUUAGUACCCCCGGGGCUCAGAGCAGUAGGCCAGAAGUAUCUCUCCUGAGGCACCAGGCAGCUCCAGGCUAGGAUGGACAGCCCAGUGCACCGAGUGUCCCUGAGGGAUAACUGGAGCAGGCGAGUGCACCCUGACAUAGCGAGUGAGAGGUUCAUACAGUCCUUCAGCGUGGAACAACUCACCAACAUCCUGGAUGGAGGUGCCCAGAACACUGCACUCCGGAGGAAAGUUGAGAGCAUCAUCCACAGUGACCCAGAGUUUAGCGUGAAGGAUAAUUAUUUCAUGACCCAGAAUGAACGUUAUAUGGCCGCCGUCCAGAAGAAAUUUCACCUCCAGAUAAUAGCAAAGCGCCUCGGCUGGUCGGAAAACAGUCCUGAAUUAUAUUACGCUUACAGGUACUCACUCCCAGGGCAGCCCCAACGGUACCAGGGUCCCUGUCUCCGGUGGGCUACUCCAGCACCGUGUCCUUUCCCCCACAGAGCCCUUUCUGGAGACCUGGCAUUAGGCCUACACACCGUGUUCCUGAAAUCCCUCCAGAGCCUGGGCUCGGAGGAGCAGAUUGCCAAAUGGACCCUGCUCUGCAAUAAGUUCCAGAUCAUUGCAUCAUAUGCCCAGACAGAACUGGGACACGGGACGAAUCUUCGGGGCCUGGAGACUGAAGCCACCUAUGAUGCAGCCACCCAGGAGUUUGUGGUGCACAGCCCCACGUUGACAGCCACCAAAUGGUGGCCUGGGGACUUGGGACGGUCAGCCACCCACACCUUGGUCCAGGCCCAGCUGAUCUGCUCAGGAGCCCGGCAGGGCAUGCACGCCUUCAUUGUGCCCAUCCGAAGCCUCCGGGACCACACCCCACUGCCAGGAGUCACUGUUGGAGACAUCGGGCCCAAGAUGGACUAUGACCACAUAGACCAUGGCUUCCUGCGACUGGACCACGUGCGGAUCCCUAGAGAGAACAUGCUGAGUCGCUUUGCACAGGUCUUGCCAGACGGCACCUACGUCAAGCUGGGAACACUGCAGACCAACUACUUUUCCAUGGUGGUGGUGCGGGUGGAGCUGCUCCUGGCCGAGAUCAUCCCUCUGCUGCAGAAGGCCUGUGUCAUCGCCAUCCGCUACUCCGUCAUCCGCCGCCAAUCCAGCAUCCGGCCCAGCGACCCAGAGGCAAAAAUCCUGGACUACCAGACGCAGCAGCAGAAACUCCUCCCUCAGCUGGCCACAGCCUAUGCAUUCCAUUUCCUGGCGAGCAACCUCUUGGAAUUCCUGCACAGCUCCUACGAAGCCAUUCGGAACAAAGACUUCAGCCACCUGCCAGAGCUUCACGCCCUGAGCGCAGGCAUCAAGGCCAUGAUGUCAGACUUGUGCCUCCAGGGUUCCGAGCUGUGCCGCCAAGCCUGCGGCGGCCACGGCUACUCGAAACUGAGUGGCCUGCCCUCUCUGGUCACCAGGGUGACAGCCUCCUGCACCUAUGAGGGUGACAACACUGUACUCUACCUGCAGACGGCCAGGUUUCUAGUGAAAAACUACCUGCAAGCUCAGGCGAUCCCAGGCUCCACACAGGAGUCUCUCCCUCCAUCUGUUGCAUACCUGACUGCACCCUACCUGGCCAGGUGCCCAGCCCAGAAAGCAGCUGACUUCCUCCACCCAAAACUCUACACCACGGCCUGGGCACACGUGGCAGCCAGGCUCAUAAAGGACUCAGCGCAUCACCUAGAGACUCUGAUGCAAUCUGGGGCUGACUGGGAUGAGGCAUGGAACCAGACCACGGUCAUACACCUCCAGACUGCUAAGGCACACUGCUACUAUAUCAGUGUGAAGAGCUUUACAGAAACUCUGGAGAAACUGGAAAACAAACCAGCGGUUCAGCAGGUGCUCAAACGCCUCUGUGACCUCUAUGCUCUGCACAGCAUCCUGACUAACGCUGCUGACUUUCUCCACGAUGGCUUCCUGUCUGGGGCCCAAGUAGAUGCGGUGAGAACCGGCUACCUGGAGCUGCUCGGCCUCAUCCGGAAGGAUGCCAUCUUGUUAACUGAUGCCUUUGACUUCACGGAUCCCAGUUUAAAUUCAGCACUUGGCUGUUACGAUGGAAAUGUCUAUGAACGUCUGUUCCACUGGGCUCAGAAGUCACCGACCAAUACUCAGGGGAACCCUGCCUAUGAGAAAUACUUAAGACCACUAUUACAAAGCUGGAAAUCCAAGCUGUGAAGUCAUCAACGGCAUUCAAGAGGCACCACUGUGUGAUAAUGUAGCCUCCACACCCAGCAUGGAACCCAACUCAAGGCUCAAACCCACGACCCUGAAAUCAAGACGUGACCUGAAAUCAAAAGCCAGAUGCUCAACAACCGACUGAGUCACCAAGGGGCCCCUCAGUUGUUAAUAAUUAAUAAAUCUGAGAAAAUUUACCAAAACAAA